UGUUGUCCAAAGUGAGAUGACGAUGUUUGAUGUUUGAUGCUCCUCAAUGAAUUCAUUUUUUGUUGAAUAAUUUAUUAAAAUUGUUUGUUCAGUUAACUUGUCAACAGAAUUUACUUCGAUUGAUUUAUUCUCUAAAAAAUUACGAAGUUCGGCUGGAGAAUCCGUUAUGUGGCAUUUUGUUAAAGUAUUUCUGAGACUAAAUCGGCCCCAGAGAGAGUUAAGCAUAAGUUUCGAAAUAUAUCUCAUCGCCUUAUCUGGGACCAUUUUUUCUUUUUCUAUGUGUAUACCAAAUCUCUCUUUACAUUCCUUUAUGAACUUUUCUUCUUUUUCUAGCAUAUCGAUUCCCUUAGGAAAUCCACUUGCGUGAAUUUUCAUACUCAUGAAUUCCGAAACAUAACCUUUAAACAAUUCUCCAUCCCAUUUAUCAUAGUGUAGUGCU